CAACAACCCGUCACGCCGCACCUUCGGAGUGGGGAUACUAUUCUCCAGACGGAUUCCCUACGUAGAAUUAGACAGUCUUCGAUGCAAACACGGCAGAUACAUCUUUAUAAACGGCACCCUACACGGUCAGAAAUACACAUUCGCAAACAUUUACGCACCGAAUACCAAACAAUACCAUUUCCUCUGCACAGCGCUGAACAGCCAGAUGGGAUUCAGAGAAG